AUGAUUUCUAUCUUAUCCGUGAAAAAUAGCAUACCAUUUUUGGCAAACUCACUUACUCAUACUACGCGACGUUACUCCAAAAAAGUUGCAAAAUUGUGUUCUGAAUCUGACCUAGCAAAGGACGACGGUAAAGCCCACACCGCCAGAGACCAACUGAAGAAUUUCGGCAAGUACGUGGCAGAAUGUAUACCGAAAUACAUCGAAAAAGUCCAGAUCACCAAUUCCAGCGAGCUCGAAGUCCUGGUUGACCCAGACGGUUUAAAGUGCGUCAUAAGCUUCCUGAAGGACCACCACAGCGCUCAAUUCGAAUCGCUUGUGGACCUCACAGCUCUGGACAUCCCGAGUCGACCUCACAGGUUCGAACUGGUCUACAACCUGCUCUCGUUUCGGUACAACAGUAGAAUCAGGGUGAAGACCUACACAGACGAACUCACCCCUGUGGAUUCCGUCACUGGCCUCUACAAGUCCGCAGAUUGGCUAGAGAGGGAAGUGUGGGACAUGUACGGGGUGUUUUUUGCUAACCAUCCGGAUCUGAGGAGGAUUUUGACCGAUUAUGGUUUCGAAGGUCAUCCGUUCAGGAAGGACUUUCCUUUGUCUGGCUACGUGGAAUUGAGGUAUGACGACGAGAAGAAGAGAGUUGUUUGUGAACCUGUCGAAUUGGCUCAGGAAUUUCGGCAGUUCGAUUUGAGUGCCCCUUGGGAACAGUUUUCGAAGUACAAAAGCAAACAAGAGGCCGCUGAGAAUUCUAAGGCAGAGAAAAAUGUUAAAUGA